UAAUAAUAAUAAUAAUAAUAAUACCCACUUAUUACAAGGAGAACCCUUUACCACCUGUUACACCAUAACAGAAUAAAUAUGCAAAGUCUACAUGUGAACAAACGAGGAUAAACUCAAGUAAUACAAAAAAACGAUGAUCAGGUAAAUAGUCAUGUCAACAGCUCUCGGAUUUCAUUGUACAAUACAUUGAGAUCAUUAUGAAAGCGUCAGUAACCCAGUUUUUUUGUAUGUGGACAAUUGUUUUUUUUUUUUAAAAAAAAAAGCCAAGCCUACGUGUAUGAUCGAUUUUCACUUGUCUAUUUAUCAAUAUUCAUUAAAUGUACACGUUAUUUUCGAUUGAUUAUCCAUUUUGCUGACCAUUUACAUUAUGGUUAUUGAGGUUAAAGAGUGUGUACACCAACACCAACACCAACACACACACACAUAUACACACUUUGUUUCGUUAUUAUUAUCAUUACAAUUGUGUAUUGAAUCACACAACUAACAAAUUGUAGUAAUUCACUUGGAUUAAACUAACUUAGACACAUACCCUUUUGACAUUAAAUGGUUGAAUAUAAAUCAAUAGGAAAAUCUGAAUUUUUCUUUUUUUUUUUGGUUUUAGUUGACAUUCAAGGGCAAAUCUCUGUAAUAUUGAUGGAAGUAUUAAUUAAUAAGAGAUUGGAAUGACGGUAUCACAGAUAGUAUACAAACCUAUAAUUGAUUGUAACAUUAUUGAUAAAUCGAUUCCGAAUCCUACACAGAGAAUGUCACAAUAUGUAGUGAACAGAACACCGAUGGGCGGGGGGGGACAAUCGACAGGAUCUGACAACAGAUUACAGAAUUUCUUAAUAAAAUCUAACAACCAUAUAGUAAAUGCUCAAUUUGCAAAAUGACCAUCAAUUGUCUUAAAAUGGCUCAGACUUCAUUGUUCUUGUAUUUUCAUACAAAUUGUAAUCUGUUUCGAUUGUUUACUGUUCGAUCUUCUUGUUUCUCUGCUGCCAAACAUUGUAUUCACAACUAACAUCACACACUACUUAUGUCUAUAUUAAGUAGCACACACCAAAAAUACAUCUAAAAAUGGCACAAAUGCUAAUUAACAUGAAAUUUGCAUCAAAUAAGGAUUCCUAAUGAAGAUUUCGUAUUGUAAUAUUACCGAAUGAUAGAAUUCCCAAAGAUUUCACUGAAACACUGAGUUUAACCGAGGAGACUUAUUUUCUUCAAUGUAUAAUAUUGCUAUGAAAAACCUACAAUCUUUAAAUAGUUUCUGUGUUUAGCGAAAGCUUAUAUUAUUCAGUGUCCAUAUGAAUAAUAUUACUUUUGAAAUUAUCCGGUUACCAGUAUAGGGUUGUGGUGAUGGUUGAGUUUCACUGAAAUCAUGAAACAAUCAAUCAUUGAAAACCUAGGAGCACUGAACAACCGUUCAGUCUUAGUAUGGGACUCCUCAACAACGCCCAUCGGUUCAUCAUUUCACUGAAACUCAAGAAUAUCCACAAUCCUAUACUGAUAAUUAUCAUUUAUUCACUACUGACUAGCUUAGAGAUGGAAUGCUCGAAGUUCUGGUGAGAAACUGUGACCAGUAAGGUUCAACCAUGUUAGGUAUGAGACAGUUAUUCAUCGGGGACAAUAGAAGAUCGUCAUGCAAUAUUGUAGAUUGGUUAAAGUUAAACAUCAACACCGUUCGGUGCCAGCCCAGGAGUCUAAAGAUUAGGCAUUCACGCGCGAGACCGAAAGUGAUCGGAGUUGUAAAUAUUCCAUUGAAAUUGGAUUUGUAUUUAUCCUCUUGUUGUCAAUCUGUCCCUGUUGACAAACGAGUACUUCAACAUAUUCGAAUUGUUUACAAUAAUAAGUUUUUACUUUAAAUAAUAUGAAAUUCAAAACAUGAGUUUCAUCCAAUUUCCUAUUCAUCAUAGUUGAAUACACUUAUACCUCAAUGUUGACAGGUAUUAAAAUUCAAAUCUCAAUGAGCCUAUCCAAAUCGGAAUGUAUAUGUAAAUGGAUUGAAUCCAGAACUCCGCCUGGAGUCCCUUCCCGGGGGCUACUGCCGGUCCAAAGCCCGGAUAAAGGAGGAGGGUUGGGCAUGGGGUUAGCGACCCCAUCCCGUAGAAAACUAACUCGCUAAAAAAACGCUAACCAGAAAAAAUUAUUCAAACCAUUUAAACUCUGCCCUGGGAGUCAGGAGGUCUUCGUUUAGAAGAAUUAUGACGCCUCAUGAUAAAAGCCGAGUUUCUUCGGAAGUCACGAGGCCGAUGCCCCUUCUGACAACCAGAGCAACCAUUUACUUAGGUACAUGGAAUGCUCGCACAAUGUGGGAGACUGGGAGAGUUUUCCAAAUUGCUGCAGAAAUGAGGAGAUACAAUUUAGAGGUGCUUGGGAUCAGUGAAACACAUUGGACGCAAGUUGGACAACAACGACUAGCUUCAGGGGAGCUGCUGAUAUACUCCGGACAUGAACAAGAAAAUGCUCCACAUACACAAGGAGUUGCAUUGAUCGUGUCCAAACAAGCACAAAAUGCACUUAUAGGAUGGGAAUCUCAUGGACCAAGGAUCAUCAAAGCCUCCUUCAAAACAAAGAAAACGGGCAUUACAAUGAACGUCAUCCAAUGCUAUGCGCCUACCGACGAAUACAAUGAAGAUGCUAAAGAUCAAUUCUACGAUAGGCUGCAGUCAAUCGUCGAGAAGUGCCCAACAAAAGACCUGACUAUUCUGAUGGGAGACCUAAAUGCCAAGGUUGGAAUUGACAACACCGGAUAUGAAGAGAUCAUGGGACGACACGGACUGGGAGAAAGGAACGAAAAUGGUGAGAGAUUUGCAAAUCUAUGUGCCUUCAAUAAACUGGUCAUAGGCGGGACUAUAUUCCCACAUAAACGCAUACACAAAACCACAUGGACUUCACCGGAUCACAGCACACAGAACCAAAUCGACCAUAUCUGCAUCAACAAAAAGUUCAGGAGGACGAUGAAGGACGUGAGAACAAAUAGAGGAGCUGAUAUAGCAUCAGAUCAUCACUUGCUGGUCGCCAAGAUGAAAUUGAAACUCAAGAGGCACUGGACAACGGGGCGGACAAUAUCACAAAAAUUUAAUACGGCUCUUCUUCGGGAUAAUGACAAACUCAAUAAAUUCAAGAUAACCCUCAGCAAUAAGUUCCAAGCCUUUCAUGAUCUACUCAAUGGAGAAGGAACUACUAUGGAGAGCAACUGGAAAGAGAUAAAAGAAGCAACCACUUCAACAUGUCAUGAGGUUCUGGGCCAAAAGAAGCACCAUCACAAGGAAUGGAUCACGAUCGAUACACUGGAUAUGAUUCAAGAAAGGAGGAACAAGAAGGCUGCAAUCAAUACCAGCCUAACAAGAGCAGGAAAAGCCAAGGCACGGGCUGAAUACACAGAAGUAAACAAGCAAGUGAAGAGGAGCAUCAGAACCGACAAACGUAAAUAUGUGGAAGAUUUAGCAAUGACGGCGGAAAAGGCUGCCAGAGAAGGAAACAUGAGACAACUGUAUGACACAACAAAGAAACUCGCUGGAAAUCACCGUAAACCAGAACGACUAGUGAAAACCAACAUUGAAGAACAACGAAACAAGUGGGUAGAACACUUCAAAGAACUCUUGAAUCGACCAGCCCCACUAAACCCACUCAAGAUCGAAGCAGCACUCACGGACCUCCCAAUCGAUGUUGGCCCACCAACAACUGAAGAAAUCAGUAUGGCUAUCAGACAAAUUAAGAGUGGCAAAGCAGUAGGACCAGACGAAAUUCAAGCAGAGGCACUGAAAGCAGACGUAGUGGUAACUGCAAGGAUACUCCACAUUCUCUUCAGCAAGAUUUUGGGUGAGGAACAGGUACCAACAGACUGGAAAGAAGGACUUCUGGUCAAAAUAUCAGAGAAAUGCGAUCUCAGCAACUGUGACAACUACAGGAGAAUCACUCUUCUCUCAAUACCAGGAAACGUCUUCAACAGGGUAUUGUCAAACAGGAUGAAGGACUCCAUAGACGCACAACUUCGUGACCAACAGGCAGGAUUCCGUAAGGAUAGAUCGUGUACAGAUCAAAUCGCAACUCUACGGAUCACUGUAGAACAAUCAAUUGAAUGGAAUUCAUCACUCUACAUCAACUUCAUUAACUAUGAAAAAGCAUUCGACAGCGUGGACAGAACAACCCUAUGGAAGCUUCUUCGACACUACGGCGUGCCUGAGAAGAUAGUCAAUAUCAUACAGAAUUCCUAUGAUGGAUUAAACUGCAAAAUCGUUCAUGGAGGACAGUUGACAAAGUCGUUCGAAGUAAAGACUGGUGUUAGGUAAGGUUGCUUAGUCUCACCCUUUCUCUUUCUCCUGGUGAUCGACUGGAUCAUGAAGACAUCAACAUCUGAAGGGAAGCACGGGAUACAGUGGAUAGCUAGGAUGCAAUUGGAUGAUCUAGACUUUGCAGAUGAUCUGGCUCUUCUAUCGCAAAUGCAACAACAAAUGCAGGAGAAGACGACCAGUGUAGCUGCAGCCUCAGCAGCAAUAGGUCUCAAUAUACACAAAGGGAAAAGCAAGAUUCUCCAAUACAACACAGCAUGCACCAAUCCAAUCACAAUUGACGGAGAAGCUUUGGAAGAUGUACAAACAUUUACAUAUUUGGGCAGUAUCAUCGAUGAACACGGUGGAUCUGAUGCAGAUGUGAAGGCACGGAUCAACAAAGCAAGAGCAGCAUAUUUACAACUGAAGAAUAUCUGGAACUCAAAACAAUUAGCAACCAACACCAAAGUCAGAAUUUUCAAUACAAAUGUCAAAACAGCUCUACUGUAUGGGGCGGAAACCUGGAAAACUACGAAAUCCAUCGUCCAAAAGAUACAGGUGUUUAUUAACAGUUGUCUACGCAAAAUACUUCAGAUCCGCUGGCCGGACACUAUAAGCAACAACCUACUGUGGGAGAGAACAGAUCAGAUCCCAGUGGAGGAAGAAAUCAGGAAGAAGCGCUGGAAGUGGAUAGGGCACACAUUGAGGAAAGCACCGAACUGCGUCACAAGACAAGCCCUCAUAUGGAAUCCUCAAGGCCGAAGGAGGAGAGGAAGACCAAAGAAUACAUUACGCCGAGAAAUGGAGAUAGAUAUGAGAAAAAUGAACAAGAAUUG